UAAAUUUAUUAAUAGGAGAGCUUGAUGGUGCUUGAUUCCAGAGACCAGAGCUCUCCCUGGUAGGGCUUGAUGAAAAAAAUAAAGAGAAACAGUGUGGAUAUAGUUAAAAACAUGACUUUUACCAUCCUGGAAAUUCUACAAAUUCUUUAUCCGUCCUUGAGAAAUGGGUGAAAUUGAAAACCAUCAAAAUAAUUAGACUUCUUAAAAAUUGGAUUGUAUGAGUGAAAGGUGUUUAUGAGAAGUCGAUGACUCCGGAUCUUAUCAUCCUAGAGGACAGCACAGAAUAGUUAAUACAUUCCUUGAGGGACUAGGAUGCUGACGUCUUUUUUCUGAUACCCGAUCAUUACGUGACUGAAAAAAAAAGGAAGUCAUUUCAUGAAUAAAAAUCGGAGCGCAACAGCGCAACAAAAUAUUCUGUACUUAAAGGCAAUAGGCAGGCAGAUGUUGACAAAGAGGACGCUCCUAAAACCAUGUUCAGAUAGAUUUUUUGCUAACUGCAUAUAUAAACACAAGCAGAAGGCCGGUCACCUCUGUAAGCACCGGCAGCACCAGAAGAAGCCGCAUCUUCAGACGCAGCCAGAGGGACCUCAGAACAGACCCGGUGCUGCCGAGUCUCACAGCUGCCUGGCCGGGCUGCACUCGCCGGCCCUCUCCUUUCCCUUCUUCCCCUUCUCCUCUGACUUUUCAUCUUUUCCUUAACCGCCUGCUUUUUUCUCCCAGUGGACUUACGGCCACUUUGCUCCCCCUCCCCUUAGCUAGUCGCCUCCUCUUUCUUUCUUCACCGCUCCUCACCCUCUUCCUUCUCUCCACGUCGCGCUUCCUUCUAGUUCCGUGCUUCUACAAACUUUUGAACACAAUACUUAAACCCUCAGCAAACAAGUCCUCCGGCUCCGCCUGCUGCUCCUGCUCAUCCCUGCGGCUCGUCUUCAGAUACCGACGCCAGACGGUGAUGCCUCUCGGCUUGUGAUUCCAGCGCAGAAACUUGAAGGAGCCCUUUGCCCGCCGUCCUACUUGUCAACCGAUCCUCUCCCAGCAGCGAAUGACCAUGUGUAGCGGAGCAAGACUGGCCCUGCUGGUCUACGGGAUAAUAAUGCACAGCAGCGGCUACUGCUCACCUGCCUCCGCCGGACUCCGGUUCCCUGGGGUCAGGCCGGAGGACGAGGCGUACGACGAAGACGGAAAGCCGCUGCAGGACCUCUACGACGCGGCCCCGCCGGGCGCAGGGAGCCCCGCCUCCGCGCUGCAGGACGCCUACACCCUGUACUACCCGGCCGAGCGCAGAGACGUCGCCCACGGGCUCCUUCACAAAGCCUACCGCAGGGUGCUGGAUCAGCUGUCGGCCAGGAAGUACCUGCAGUCCCUCGUGGCCAAGGGUGUGCGUGGGGACCUAGGUGGCGGCGCGGAGGAGGACGACUGGGAGCCGCUGUCCAAGCGCCACUCGGACGGAAUCUUCACUGAUAGCUACAGCCGCUACCGGAAACAAAUGGCUGUCAAGAAAUACUUGGCGGCAGUCCUGGGGAAAAGGUAUAAACAAAGGGUUAAAAACAAAGGACGCCGAAUAGCAUUUUUGUAGCGAUGAGUUACCAGCUACCCUGUGUAUACAACCCUGACACAAUGAAAAGUCGUUUUCCAAACUGACCGAAGUCAUCGCUCGUGUGUUCUAUCCAAACAUGUAUUUCUGUAUGAAGUAAAGCCAUUAAAUGAAUAUUUUGAUAAUAAUAUUGUUUUUCUUUUUACAAAGCACUAGAGAAUGCACAGAUAUACUUUGUGGACCAAUUAUUGAUAUUAUCUUAUAAACAUAUAUUAAAAAAAAUAUAUAUAUAAGUAUAAUAGAGAGCAAUUCAUACGAAGUGUGCACAAGGAUUGAAAAUUCGCCUGAGCUGUUUAUGUUUUUAUAUAAAAUAAAUAGAAAAAAUAGACAAUCAUUGUUUUGAAUAUUAGUCCUAUUUUUGUAAACUGGAAUUAAAAGGAUAGUAUUUUUAUCCACAACAGGGCUGAAGAUGUGAAUACUGACCAUUUGUUAUACUGUACAUACGCAACGACGCCCUGCUCGGGGGAGAUUCUGAGUAGUGGUUUGAAGAACUGCCGAAGGGCAUUCUCUCCCCGCGAGUCUCUGGGGCAGGCCGCUUCAGGCCAGCCUAGCUCCCUCAAGUGGGCACCGGCCCGCCGGCUGGGCGGCAAUUCCAAUACUUUCGCUUUCUUUGAUUCUACUUUUUAUGUGUAUUUGUCUCUCUUCAGACUCUCAGCCCAGAAGGAAAUUCUAAUAAAACAACAGCUCGAUUCAAAUUGUGCUUCUCCCCAGAAUUCACGCCACUCCCUGGGGGAGGAGUUGAGGAACUGUACAGAGGAGGGAGGCUUGGAUAGGAAGCUCUCUUUUCUGUACUUCCGGAUUCACCAGGGACCCUACUAUCCCAAGGUUAGGGCAAUUGGAACAAAAUGAAGGAAAUGGAGCUUUACGGGAAGAGGCAGAGCAGAGGCAGAAGAGGAGGACCCUGGAGAGGGACAGUGUGAGCAGCCCCUCCCCCCAGUCCGGGAGUCUGGGCAAGUCCAGUGCGCUGCAGGUCCACUGCCUGUCUGACUUAGGGCGCUGGGUAUUGGAAGUGGAUGCAAAGUACAAUGUGUUUUUCUCAGUGCUGUCCACGCUUCUCAUCUUGUGAAGUGGCCAGGAUCCUCCCCUUUGAGCCCUGCUUUGUAAAAAGCCACCGUUUUCCUUUGUGGUUUUUCUGGAGACCCCGCCUUCCUAUCCUCCUGCGCUGUUUAAGUACUGUUUACCAUUUUGUUUUCGUUUGCUUCUCUUAAACUUGUGAAUGCUUCUUACUUGUGGUUGUUUGAUGCAAGCAGUUACUGUAAAGCUUAGGAACGCCUGUGUAGCUACCACUAAGUAAUUAUGCACUAAAUAUGAACCUUUUGUUUCUUGUUUAUUGAGUUUGUAGGUAAAAUGUAUUUUUCUACAUUCUGGCUUAUUGCUUAGUAAAAUUUAUUUCAUAAAACCAAUCUUUGUCAUAAUAGAAUGUGUAGUGUUCACAUGUUGCUCAGUUUUACUGAUAAAUCAUUUAAACCUCAUCUUCAUAUGUAUGAGUACUAUCUUAUAUCUGUGAUCAAGAGCAAGGUAAGCAAGCUCUCACAACCCACCCUUGUAUCUUUUCUUGGCUAAAGAAAGCAUGUUUGUUUCCUGUCAAUUUCUUGAACAUAUAGAAUGAUCUCUAUAAACAAAGAACCUUCACCCAGCAACCAGAUCAAGCAGCAACAGACAAACCAGCCAAUUCCCCAAAUUUCAGAACACAAAUUUUUGCAGAAAAAAAAAAAAAACAAGAAAAAAAUUAAGCAUCUAAUGUGUAAAAGUUUAAAGGACCUUUCCUUUUUUUUCUUUAUGGAUUUGAUCAGUAUGAAGUCUUACACGAAAGAAAACAGAAUCGGAUUUGCAUUCCCAGGUGGGAUGGAUGCUGCCAGAGAUCACAUUGCAAACGGUGAAAUAAAGAGGCAUUUGCUCUAUGCCGGAGUCACAGGAUCAAUCUUUCUCUAAUUCUGCAGUCUCCUCAGGCAAUGUGACACGGGAUGCAGUUUGCAGCUUUAGUGCCUUUCUUCGCCUUUUAAAUCGCCACGAAUCACAGGUGGCUAUUUAGUGGCCCUACAAUGCUGCAACACAUCAGCUUGCAUUUUAGUCUUAAUUAUUUGUCUCUUGGAUAAUGGGCAGCGUUUUCUGUAUUUGUGUCAGCUGUUAGUGGUGAAAUAGGGCUCUAGUUAACCUUUCAUUGAUGCAGUCUCAUUUAGUGUUCCCACGGCUAGUUGCAAGCAUUUUACCGUGAUCACCCAGUUUAAUCUUUUGUAUAUUUUUUAGAAAUGCCAAGAGCCUUACUAAACUGGAGCAGAGUUAUGAUAUAGUGAUAAUUUAGGUAGAUGUUAGUCUUGAAGCUCUUAUUUUGUGUGCAACUGAUUAUAAAGACAUCUUAACCAAGUAUUAUUACACACAUGAUAUCUAUAACUAGGACUUUGAUAACUGUUAUAUAAAGUGUGUAAAAUUUGUAUGAAUAAAU